AUGGCGAAAACCCUAACCCGCUCCACCGCCUCGCGCGUCGCUAAUCGUUUCUUAUCCACCUCUAGAGCCGCCUCUCCUUCUCCGAUUCCUUCUCACCUCAUCUCCCGUCGAUCCUCACCGACUCUGUUCAACGCCGUCGGAUUCAUCCCCGCUUUGACCCGUUUCACCACGAUUCGGACCCGGAUGGAUAGGUCCGGUGGAUCAUAUUCGCCGCUCAAAUCCGGAUCGAAUUUCAGCGAACGACCACCCACUGAGAUGGCACCGCUAUUUCCUGGUUGCGAUUACGAGCAUUGGCUCAUCGUCAUGGACAAACCCGGCGGCGAAAACGCCAAUAAACAGCAAAUGAUCGAUUGCUAUGUUCAAACCUUAGCUAAAAUUGUUGGCAGUGAGGAAGAAGCUAAGAGGAAGAUCUACAAUGUUUCUUGCGAGAGGUAUUUUGGGUUUGGCUGUGAAAUCGAUGAAGAGACAUCAAACAAAUUCGAAGGACUUCCUGGUGUUCUGUUCGUGCUUCCGGACUCUUACGUUGAUCAAGAGUACAAAGAUUACGGAGCUGAGUUGUUUGUGAACGGAGAAGUAGUUCCGCGACCACCAGAGAGACAGAGGAGGAUGAUGGAGUUCACGACUCAGAGAGGCUCGGAUAGACCAAGGCACCGACGGUGA